AUGUUUGCCAAUGCCAUGGAGCAGCCCCAGAGCGCCAGCGACAAGGCCCAGCACCGCGCCUGCGACCCCUGCAGCCGUCCGCGUCGACGCCCGUCCGCCAGGCCUCGGGAGGAGAACGCCGUCGGUCAAGAUGCCCUUUCGACGCCGACCGGUCUCAUCGACGUCGGUGGGUUCCCUGAGAUGAUGGACCAGUUCUUCGACGGCUUCAAUACGCCGCUUCCCUCCUUCACCAUGGACUUUGGUCCCGUUCAAAACAGCGGCAGCGGCAGCGGCAGCACGCAAGGCCAGUCAGCAAUGCCGCCGCCGCCGCCGCCGCCGCCGCCGCCGCCGCCUUUGUCGACCGGGCGUGAAGCCGAGGCUAGCGUGAUGCCGGAAUCCCAAGACCGUCGCGGCCCAUGCAUGCGUCUCCAUUGUUCCGUGGUACACGGCGAGACAAACGCCGACCGUGUCACGACGACGCCCGCCCAAGACGCAGGGGGCGCGGCACCGACCCCCGGGCUUCUGCUGUCCAAAAAGUGCUCCUGCGUCGAGCUGGUGAGCCGCCACUUCUCCCUGGUGGAGAACCCCCUCGACACGUUCCAGGCCCUCGAGGUGAUCAAGCAGUCGAUGCAGUCGGCCAGGGAAAUCCUCGAGUGCGGCGUCUGUUUCGAGUCCAUCACGAGCCCCCGCACCUCGAGGAACGUCUACCUGCUGGGCUCGCUGCUGUCGAGCAUCGGCUCCUCCUUUGGCGACUUCUUCUACCACCAGAAGCGGCGCGCCGCCGAGUCCUCGGCCAGCGGCGAGCCCAUCCGUCUGGUCGUCGGCCAGCAGCCGCCCGAGGGCCACGGCACCGUCGAGCUCGCCGUCGACGGCCAGAGCUACGUCGCCUUCCUCAAGGCGAGCCUGAAGCUCGAGCUCGACCGCCUCUUCGGCCUCGCCGACGAGCUGGCCACGAGGCAGAGCCAGCUGCACACCGAGGGGCACGAGAACUGCGAGACCGGCACGAGCUGCAGCAACACCGAGUCCCUGCCGGCCGCCAAACACCCGGCCGAGCUGUGUCCCAAGGAGGUGGACAUGACCAAGGCCUGCGCGUGUUUCCGGACCGUCGAUCAGGUGCGGGCCGUGAUAGAGGAGGCGCAGAAGAUCAUCUCGGCGUGA